AUGCAAUUCACCCUCAUCUCUGCCAUUGCGGCUCUUACCGCUAUAGCUUCUUGCUCGCCCGUGGCUAUGCCUGAUGCGUUCUCGACUACCUUGGAGACCAACACUCUCAAUGCUCGCCAGAGUAACUGUACCGAGUACUGCUCGAACAGCGCUGGCUGUGUCUGUACGGUCCGACCAUCGGAUUGCUCUGAGUUCUACACCGUUCAGCCUGGAGACACCUGCCUUACCAUCGCCAAGUCACUCAGUAAAUUUACUGUAACUCAAUUCUACCGCUGGAACCCCAGCAUUGGCCGGAGCUGCUUCGGAUUGCAAGCUUACGUGCCAGUUUGCAUUGCGACUCCUUGGUACAACUAUGUCCCUCCCGUUCAGCCAGAGUUUGGAACAAAGUACACACCAGAUCAGACUCCUGUUCCAUUGAUGCCAAACAUCAUCGAAAGCUGCCAGUUGUUUGAGUAUAUCAAGCCAGGGAAACGGGUCGAUGAGCUGGCAGCCGAGAAUGGCUUUGAGAUUGAUGAUUUUGCCGCGUGGAACGGUAACAGCACCAGUGCGUGGGCGUCUAACUGGGCUUGCGUCAAGGCUUGA